AUGCUUCCUACCUUAAGGCACUUAUCUAGGUGCGUGAAAACAAGAACACUCUCAUUAUGUCCUUGCAAAUAUCCGGCUUUAACAUUAAACAGAAGAUAUGAAUCCAAGAAGGCAAAUUCUGGGGAAGAUAGUUCCAACUCGUUGGGCGCUAUGAGUUCCAAGUAUCAAGUGUACAAAGACGAAGAUUCCGAAGUUAUAUUAGACGUUUUCGAGGAAAGAUUGAAAUAUUCCGAUCUUCAGGAGGAGGACGAAGAAAAAAAGGAGCGAUUCGAAGGGCUGAACCUUAACCGUGGCGUAACGGGCGUAUUCGAUAUAGAAGAUUUAGUGGAAGUUCUCAAGCGAGAAAAAUCCAAGAAUAUUUUCGUUGCUGCUGUACCAAAAGAAAUGAAUUAUGUGGAUUACAUGUGCGUGGUUAGCGGAAGGUCUUCGAAACAUAUGCAAGCAAUAGCCCAGUUUGUGAGAAAAGUGUACAAACAAAAAAGAGAAAGUCAAGACCGCAUUCCUCUACUAGAAGGAGCAGAAUCUAAAGAUUGGAUGGCAUUAGAUUUAGGUAAUAUUGCUCUUCAUAUAUUCUCUGAUGAAGCAAGAAACAUCUACGAUUUAGAAUCCCUUUGGUCCCUCGGAACACAAUAUGACGAUGAAUAUAAUAAGCCUGAACCGAUAUCGGAGAUGUUAGAAAAACAUUCAAUUUAUUUAACUGGUUUAGAACCAAAAUCUUAA